AUGGGGAUGACGGAGAAGUUCUCUGACGAGGAAGUGAUUGCACUUCUGAAAGAACAGAAUGCAGGGAUCCCGUUCACGACACUGGAGCUUGUUGGAAUGUACGAAACUAGGUUCUACAAGUACCAGAAGUACAAUGUCGUGAUCGAUGUGGACAAGGAAUCGGCACAAUGUCUAGAGGACCUCAAAAAGGACGUAGAACAAAGCCUCCGCUUGAUAUCGGCAGUGGAGAAACGGCCGGUCGUUUAUAAUAAAAAACUAAAACAUUAUAAAAAUAAGGUAUCGCAGAACGACGCUUGGUCAAGCAUCGCUGUGGAGGUCGAUAUGCCGGUAGCAGAAGCCAAGCGUUUGUGGCAAAAUCUGCUGGGGAGCUACCGUUCGUAUCGAUCAAAAGUUCGGCAAUCCACACAGACAGGGGCUGCACACUCGGAAGUGUACCGACCGAAAUGGUUCGCGUACGAGGCCAUGGCGUUUCUGGGAAAUGUGUUGGAGGACGAUGGACACGUUGAUACGCUUGACGAGCACGAUGAGGACCUCGCUCUGCACUCCCUCAAUCCUUCUGCUCCUCCUGCUAAUCCGACUCCAACAUCACCUCCUGAUAGCUUUGACGACCACUGCUCCAUGUUGCCAAUAGAUCCCCCCCAGUCCCUUUCCGAUAAUCUCUCUCCUUGUCCUGGACCAUCAAACCGUUUAUCUUCCUUACCUUCAAGCUUUCCUUCCACGUCCUUAGACGAUACACCUCCACCUUCCAUUCCUGCCCGAACCCCCGCAAACCAUCAAAGAAAACGGCGAAGGAUCAAUGAGGGUAGUGAAGUGAACGAGGUCCUCAAAGAGCUAAUGGAGGCGACCGUGGCCAACGCAAACUCGCCGGAAAACACUUUCGGUCGCUGGGUCGCUGAAUUCCUCAGACGAUUCACGCCUGAGGAACAACAGGAGGUGACGUCGAGGAUUCAGCGAGCCAUGCUGGAGGCCGAGGACGAUGUGAAGGCCAAAAGGCAAGCGAUGUGA